GGUUUGUUUGUAAACAUUAACUUCCGGGAGUAGAUAGAAAAACCACCUCCUUUUACUUUCAGUUUUAAUAUUUUGUUAUUAGCGUAAUUUAAAAGAAAAGACAUGCUUAUAUAUUGCUUAGACAAAGUAUGAUAGGCAAAUUGAAGGAUGCAGCAUCAAAUGUCAUGUCGAAUUUUUCACAAAAAAAUGAUGGAAUUCAAGUGGAAAAAGUACAAAAACCUGAAAAGUACACUUACGCUCGACCGUAUUUUCUAGGCUUGGACAAAGAUGAAGUAAAAUGUGCGCAGGACUUUUCAUUAAGGCCAGUUUUAAAACCGAGGAAAAUAGAAGAUAUGGUCUUACACUGUGGAUAUGCUGAGUGUAUAAAUGGCGGGAAAAGUGAUAACAAUGAAGAUAAUGCUUAUGCCUGUCAUUUACAAAUUAAAACAACUUAUACUAACUGUAAUUCUAAGUCUGCAAAUCCUGCUGCAAAGAACAGUGUGUCAGGAAAUGGAAGUAAACAAAAAGAUGGUAUAUUUGAGAGAUCUAUGGUAGAAAUAGCGUCACAUGGAACGAUACAAAGUCCUGUGGCAGUUUAUUAUGGUAUAUUUGAUGGUCAUGCUGGACACCAAACAUCUUUGAUUGUUUCGAGACUGUUACAUCAACAUGUACAGGACAAGUUAAAAGAAUGUGUGGAUCUGAUAAAAGAGAAAACAAGUGGUGUUCCACCAUGUCCAUUUGAUGCCUUCAGUAAUAUAAGCAUUGAUGAUCUAGUUACAGGGGCCCUGGAAGAAGCAUUUAAAGAUAUGGAUGAUUAUUUGGAGCAGGAACGUUGUAGAUAUAAUGUGAAGGGAGGAUGUACUUCUCUUGUUGUUUUACUGUUAGAGGGCAAGAUGUAUAUAGCCAAUGCUGGUGACAGUAGGGCAGUUUUAUGUCAUGGGGAUAAGGUACAAGCAAUGACCAAAGAUUUUAACCCAGUCACGGAUAGAAAGAGGAUUAACUACAUUGGUCAUUUACACCCAGAAUUACUCCAUGAUGAAUUUACAUGUUUAGAAUUUCCACGACGUGUCAAUAAAGGUGACGUAGGUCAGGCAAUGUUGUGUCGCAAACCAGGCAGGGAUGGAUGGUGUUACAAAACCAUUGUAGAAGAUGAUCUGAAAUUUCCCCUUGUAACAGGAGAUGGUAAAAAGGCACGUAUAAUGGCCACUAUAGGAGUGACACGUGGACUAGGUGACCACGAUUUGUAUGUGUUUGACUCUGACAUUUGGAUUAAACCUUUUCUCUCCUGUAAACCAGAGGUACGUGUGAUAGAUCUUACAGAACAUCAGUGGACAGAGGAUGAUGUUUUGAUACUUGGCACAGAUGGAUUAUGGGAUGUCAUUACAAACCAAGAAGCCUCAGAUAUAGUCCAUAAAGAAUUCUCAUCUUGUAACAAAACUGAUCUUAAAAAAUAUACCAUAGCGGCUCAGGAACUUGUGUCAGAGGCGAGGGGACACUUUACAGGUCAAGGAUGGAAGAAGAGGAAUGGAGACACAGCUUCUUUUGAUGAUAUAACAGUUAUGAUAAUUCCUAUCUUAACCUACUUAAAUCAGUGGAAAGCAGGGCAUUUGUUAGAUAGUGGUAUAACGUAAUGGAAAUAUAUUCUGUGAUUUAAGGUUAGCCGGAACUGACAUGAUUAGCCGAACAACGGAUCUCCUCAUGAUGAUUAUAAUACCUUUAUAAGACCUUAUUUAAAACCCUAUACUAGUAAUUAAAGUUAAG